AUGACAACACAUCAAACAUCAACACAAGUGCGCGAAAGAACGAUUUGCUCUCAACCUCUGUCUCUGUCUCUCUCUGUGUCUCUCUCUGUGUCCCUCUGUGUGUCUCUGUCUCUCUGUCUCUCUGUCUCUGUGACUCUGUCUCGCUGUCUUUUCUCAUCUCUCUGUCUCACUCUCUCAAACUCUCACUCUCUCACUCUCACUCUCUCACUCUCACUCUUUCUCACAAACCCAAACACUCUCACAAAACUCUUUCGCUCAAUUUGUGCGGCGAUCUCAGUGUUUGCCCCUUCGCCCAACCAGGCCAUCUACGGCCGACCCCAAAACAAGACCUCCUGGGGCGGUAAUAUGGUCCAUUAUCAAGGCCAAUGGCAUCUCCUGGUAACGGAGAUGAGAAGCGGUGGUCUCAUCAACUGGACUACAGAUAGCCAGGUGGUGCACGCCGUUGCGGAUACGAUUGAGGGCCCAUAUACGCGUGAAGCAGUGGCCCUUCCCGUUCCUGCCCACAACCCCAUGGUGAUCAACACAACCGAUGCUACUGGCCAGCCCCUCUUUGUGCUCUUUCACAUCUUUUCAGGGGGCUCUGCCCUGCCCGGUGCCGUGGUGCACUACAGCGCCAGUCCCACUGGUCCCUGGCAAGCAGCCGAGCUGGACGUGCCCUCUUGCAACAACCCCGCACCCAUGCUGCAUGCCAAUGGCACCUGGUUCCUGGCGUGCAACGAAGGCACAUGGGAGCUAUACCGCAGCCAGGGCAACUUUACCGGACCUUACACAAAAGUCGCGGCUUUGCCCAAGAAUCCACCCUUGACCGGGGUAUGGGAAGACCCAUUUGUAUGGAUUGAUGCCCGAGGCAAUUGGCACAUGAUUGGCCAUGCCUACAACGAGGUCCUUAUGGAGAAUUGCAACAAGUCUUUGGCCUCGGGUCACUACUUCUCGCCAGAUGGUUUGGUCUGGCAUGCGGCAACUGCAGAGCCCUAUCAUACAGCUGUGACCUUCACCGACGGCACCACGCACACCUUUGCGUCACUCGAGCGUCCCAAAAUCAUUGUCAACGGACAAGGCCAGGAGGCAUAUAUCGUGUUUGGAGCUUCACCCGAUGAACACUGUAACAACACGUGCACGCGCUGCAAAACGACGCCAGGCUACGAUCAUACCUACACCCUGAUCCGACCCCUUGUGAUCUAG